AUGGCUACCCCUAGUGUCCUCGCUUUUGACGCUGAGGGUCGCGCCAUUGACUUUGAGGUCUGGGUCGACGACCUGCAGCUGUUCUUACAGUGCGAUAGGGCAGACGGUCUUUCUCUCUUUGACCUCACCUCUGGCGCCUCUCCUGCCCCUGCUGCUGAUGCUGACCCCACUGUUCGCUCCCAGUGGGCCACGCGCGAUGCUGCUGCACGUCUUGCUGUGCGUCGCCACCUCCCUACCUCUGAGCGUGCGCACUUUAGUCAGUACAAGAGUGCUCAGACCUUGUACGACGCUGUAGUUGCGCGCUACUCCUCCCCUGCCACUGCUGCACUGAGCCGCCUCAUGCUACCCUUCCUCUUCCCUGACCUUGCCGCCUUUCCCACAGUCGCUGAUCUCAUUACGCACCUCCGCACUAGUGACACCCGCUACCGCGCUGCGCUUCCUGCUGACUUCUGCGCCAAGAACCCCCCCCCCCAUGGGUGUUCUCCUUCCCCUCUCUUGCCCUCUGUCGCCUCUGCCGCUGCGGCCGACCUCGUUGGUCUUGAGUCGGUCGGUGCGGCGUCUGCCCCUAGCGGGAGACGCCGCCCUGGCAAGGGCAAGGGGGGCAAGGGAGCGGGUGGGGCUAGCGGGGGCGGUGGCGGUGGAGGUGGAGGCGGCGGAGGGAGUGGGGGUGGAGGUGGAGGAGGUGGCGGGGGUGGGGGUGCUAGUGGUAGCAGUGGAGGCGGAGGCGUCGUCGGCGGCGGCAGUACUGGCGGGGGUGGCGGCGAUGGCGGAGGUGGAGGAGGUGGAGGUGGAGGUGGUGGAGGUGGUCGGAGUGGCACUUCACAUCGGAGCGGCACUGGGGGUGGUCAGCGCCAGCAGCAGCAGCAGCAGCAGCAGCGUUCUCGCGACGUCCCCACCCCUUAG